AUGGAAGGAAAGCAUUAUGUUUUGGUGCACGGAGUUUGCCAUGGAGCUUGGUGCUGGUACAAGCUCAAGCCUCGGCUUCAGUCUUCCGGCAACAAGGUCACAGUACUGGAUCUUGCAGCCUCAGGCAUCAACCCCAAGAGAAUCGAAGAUAUUCGUAGUUUUUCUGAGUAUUCUGGGCCCCUCUUGGAGUUGCUAGAAUCUCUUCCUCCAAGUGAAAAGGUUGUUCUUGUUGGACACAGCUUUGGAGGGUUGAGUUUAGCUCUUGCCAUGGACAGGUUCCCUCAUAAGAUAGAACUUGCUGUCUUCUUAACAGCUUUUGUUCCUGAUACGAAACACCCACCCUCUUAUGUCAUAGAACAACAGGAUAGAGCAGAACUGAAUGAAGUGUACAACAUGGAGAUUUCAUCAUCUGGAUCUGCAUCAAUGAUUUUUGGGUCCAAGUGUUUGUCCACCAAACUUUAUCAACUCUGUCCCAUUGAGGAUCUUGAGUUAGCCAAGAUGUUGAUAAGGCCAGGAUAUCUAUUCGUUGAAGAAUUACAGAAGGCAAAGAAUUUCUCAGAAGAAGGGUACGGUUCGGUUCCAAAGGCUUAUAUUGUCUGUGGGGAGGACGCAAUAAUUCCAUUGGAAUAUCAAAGUUGGAUGAUUGAAAAUGCUGGAAUUGACCAUGUCCUGGAAAUCAAGGACUCGGAUCAUAUGGCUAUGCUUUCUAGACCUCAAGAAGUUUGCCAGUCUCUCAUCCAGAUAGCUCAGAAAAACAUAUGA